AUGAACAACUCCGACUUCCAACGGCUGCUCACCACCAAUGACAGGGAGCUUGUCACAGAGCUGACCAAGCGGAAGAAAGGAGGCAGUGCAAAGGCUGGCAAUGCUGGCAAGGGCCAAGGCAAAGGCAAAGAUGCCGCGGCGAUUGCGAGAAUCGCGAAAGCCAACAGGUACAAGCAGAAAGCCUUGGAACAGGCAGAGAAGGAUGCGGAGAAGAACAAGUACCGAGAUCGGGCCGCAGAAAGGCGCGACCAGAAAGGCGAGUACGAAAAAGUAGCCGCCGAGUUUGAGAACCAUGGAGAAGUGCCAGUUGACCAGUCAAAGUAUUUGGGAGGUGACUUGGAGCACACUCACUUGGUGAAGGGUCUGGACUUUGCGCUGCUGAAUAAAGUCCGCACAGAGCUUGCGAAGAAGCAAAAAGCGGAAGAAUUCCAGAAGGCGAAGCAGGAGCGGAAAAUUACUGGUGGGAAGCAGAAGAAGACUUUCGAACACAUGGUAGCCAAAAACAUUUGGUUGACCGUCGUGGAGACAUUGCACCCUCACCACAGCACCUUCAAGGAGCGAGUUCAAAAGAUGGGCAAAGCCAUUGCACAGGGCCACCGUAUCCGAAAUGCUCCAUCGGUCUUUCUUCCGGGACGCAUGGCGUUCGAGUUUGACACAGACAUGGACAUGGGCAAGACUGACAUCCCUCGGAUCGUUUACAUGAGCAAGGAGGAGGUUCCUGUGAGUGAGAUGGGCAAGCGGUCCUCGGGCAUGCUUCCAGAGACGGCAAUCCGAGUUCGCAAUGCUAUGCAGAAGGCGGCGGAGGAAAAGAAGCAGCGAAAGAUGCAAAAGAACCUAGGAGAAGGUGCAAGUUACACCACUGCCCAGAAGGUCGAAGCCUCCAAGGUGAAAGCCAAAGACAGCGACAAUGACAUUUUUGCUGGUGCUGGUGCCUUUGACGUCAAUGAGAUCGUCCGGAAGGCUAGAGCAGAGCAGGCGGCCAAGAAGGAGAAAGGAGAUGUUAAGCAGGAGGAAGACGCGCCUCCGCAGAAGGCAAAAGGAAGCUCCUACUUUGAUGAUGCCGGGGACGAGAAGUAUAGAAAGGCACCAGACCGCCAGCUUGAUAUGGAGGAGAUUGAAGUGGAGGAGUCGAACUUAGAGCCUGGAGAGUUCCACAAGCCGACUGGUCGGUUCGAGCCUUCCAGAAAGUUCCGCGGUGCACGCAAGAACUGGGUCUUUAAGUUGGGUGAUGAAGGCCUUGGAUACUACGAGGAGGUACCGCCGAAGAAGGCCACCAAGCCUGCAGAACCAUCCAAGCAAGAGAAGGAUCCCCGCAAGCGGAAGCCUGCUGCGAGCGCUGCGAGCAGCGGAGCACAGGGUAUGGGCAAUCCUGGCAACGAAGCCUACGAUGAGUUGUUCCCAAAUGCUAUGAUGGGCGGAGCCAUGAUGACCACGCACAGCGAUGACAGCGAUGAGGACGAUGGCAAGAAAAAGAAACAAAAGGGCAAAGAUGGCAAGAAGGGCACGGCAGAUGAUAGUGUUGCGGCCAACAAGAAAGGUGCCGACGCGAAGAAGCGCAAAAUGAACGAGAACCAGCAGUGGCAAAAAAUCGACAACAUGAUCAAGAAGGGGAAGGUCACAUCGAUGGAGUCAAUGGAGGCCCAAGCAUCCAAAAAGACUGGGAGGACAUCCCACCUGGCGACGCCGGCCUUCUUCUGA